AUGACUUUAGACUUACUCCUACUGUUUACCAAAUCUUGCAAUUCAUAUGGUUUGUCUUUCAGUCGCUCUUUUUUUUUUUUUUUUCAAAGAGCGACAGAACUUAAUCUCACAAUUUUUCGUUCUUUCGUUCCGUUUUCACUCAUGGUACCAUUUCUUUCUUUCUUUCUUUCUUUCUUUCUUUCUUUCUUUCUUUCUUUCUUUCUUUCUUUUCUGUUUGCCUUCAUGCAGUAUUUCUUUCUUUUCUGUUUGCCUUCAUGCAGUAUUUCUGUUCGUCUCCAUGCUGACGUUCGUUCUUUCUUUUCUGUUUGCCUUCAUGCAAUCAUUCUUUCUUUUCUGUUUGCUUUCCUUGCAAUUUUUCUUUCUUUCUUUUCUGAUAGCUUCAUGCAGUCUUUCGUUCUUUUCUGUUUGCCUUCGUCUGCUCCUUCUUUUCUGUUUUCCUUCAUGCAGUCAUUCUUCCUUUCUUUUCUGUUUGCCUUCAUUCAGUCUUUCGUUCUUUCUUUGUUUUCUGAUUGCCUUCAUGCAGUCUUUCGUUAUUUCUUUUCUGUUUGCCUUCAUGCAAUCUUUCUUUCUUUUCUGUUUGGCUUCCUGCAGUCUUUCGUUCUUUAUUUUCUGAUAGCCUUCCUGCAGUCUUUCUUUCUGUUUGGCUUCAUGUGUUCCUUCUUUUUUGUUUCCCUUCGUGCAGUAUUUCUUUUCUGUUUGCCUUCAUGCAUUCUUUCUUUCUUUUCUGUUAGCCUUCAUGCAGCCUUUCUUCCUUUCUGUUUUUUUUUCUUUCUUUCUUUCUUUUCUGAUUGCCUUCAUGCAAUCUUCCGUUCUUUGUUUUCUUAUUCUUUUUCUUUCUUUGAUCUUUUCCCUUCACCAUCCUCUACAACUACUGCUUCUGUUUUUGGUCGUAUUUGGUUAACUGGUCAUUGUUCGAUCGCCUUUCCUUCGCCAGGUUCAUGUUCUUUAUCCAAGAACCUUUCUCUUUUCUUUUUCAGUUUUUUUUGCUUGUUUCGAUUGAAUUUUCUCUUUUUUUAUCGACUCGAUGAUUUUUUGUUUUAUCGAGUUUUCCUUUAUGUUUUUCUUUCUUUUUCUUCUUUUAAUUUUUUUCUUCUUCUUGUGUUUAUUCUUUUUUAUUCUUCCAUUUUCUUUCUAAUCUAUGCUUCUUCUUUUAUAAAGGCUAUUUCAUAUCUUGUCAGUUCAUAUCUAUCUAUCUAUCUAUCUAUCUAUCUAUCUAUCUAUCUAUCUAUCUAUCUCAUUCAGUCUUUAUCUAUUUCAUUGUUUGUGGUUGUAGACAGUUUUCUCUCUUUUAAAAAAUAUUUCCUUGAUUAUUUUCUUUCUCUUGUUUUCUCUCUCCAUCUCUUUCUAUCGCCACUACUCUUCCACAUCCCUGAUGAAUGUUGA